AUGGAGAAGAGUAGUGAGAUAGAUGAUCAGACCUCCAGGGAGGACAAAGGGAAAAUAACCGUGCAAGAGAGUACGAAUAUUGGCACCCCACAAAACGAUCAUAAAGAAACUAUGGAGGAUAUUGAUCUGAAAGAAAACAUGGAUAAAAGCAAUGGGAAAGGCGAGGCGAAGCAUGUUAACUACAGAGGAUGGAAAGUCAUGCCUUUUAUUAUAGGAAAUGAAACAUUUGAGAAGCUAGGAACCCUUGGAACUUUAUCCAACCUCUUGAUUUAUCUGACUACUGUGUUCAACAUCAAGAGCGUUACAGCUGCAACUAUCACUACCGUCUUCAGUGGUACAGCCAGCUUCAGUACGUUGAUCGGGGCGUUUCUCUGUGACACUUAUUUUGGUCGAUACAAGACGCUAGGAUUUGCUACCGUUGCCUCUUUUCUGGGAUUGCUUACGAUACAGCUAACAGCAGCCAUCUCUAAACUGCACCCACCACACUGUCCAAAGGAGAGUAGCACGUGCGAAGGGCCAACAGCAGGUCACAUGACGUUUCUAAUGACAGGAUUUGUACUGAUGAUAAUAGGGUCUGGGGGCAUCCGGCCAUGUAAUUUGGCAUUUGGAGCAGACCAAUUCAACCCUGACACAGAAUCUGGAAAGAGGGGAGUAAAUAGCUUCUUCAAUUGGUACUUCUUUACUUUCACCUUUGCCCAGAUGAUAUCUUUGACACUAAUUGUUUAUGUGCAAUCCAACGUUAGCUGGUCUGUAGGUUUAGGGAUUCCGGCAAUCCUGAUGCUCAUUUCUUGUGUACUAUACUACAUGGGUUCAAAAAUGUAUGUCAAAGUGAAAGCCACUGGCAGUCCCAUGACCAGCGUAGCACAGGUUUUUGUGGUAGCAGUCAAGAAAAGGCAGUUAAAACCAGUGGACCGCCCUUGGCUCUCCCUUUUCAAUUACAUUCCUCCCAAGUCUAUCAAUGCCAAGCUUUCUUACACAGAUCAAUUCAGAUUCCUCGACAAAUCAGCAAUCAUGACCCCCCAAGACCAAGUAAAUGCUGAUGGAUCGCCAGCUGAUCCAUGGAAACUUUGUAGUUUGCAGCAAGUGGAAGAAGCAAAAUGCUUGUUGAGAGUGGUUCCUGUAUGGGCAGCUGCUAUUAUAUACUUUGUUGCUAUAGUCCAACAACACACCUAUGUAGUCUUCCAAGCAGUUCAAAGUGACAGACGCAUUGGAAACAGCAACUUCAAGAUGCCAGCUGCAACAUAUGUUGUGUUCUUGAUGCUAAGUUUAAGUAUUUUCAUACCUAUCUACGACCGAAUUUUCGUCCCUUUUCUGCGAAGGAUUACAGGUAAAGAAGGUGGCAUAACAAUCCUUCAAAGAAUAGGCAUUGGCAUCUUUCUCACCGUUGCAACGAUGCUAGUUUCUGGGUUAGUUGAAGAGAAGCGAAGGACCAUAGCACUUACCAAGCCAACUCUUGGAACAGCACCAAGAAGAGGUGCCAUUUCAUCAAUGUCGGCUUUAUGGUUAAUCCCUCAGCUCUCUCUAGCAGGAAUAGCAGAGGCAUUUGGUUCCGUGGGGCAGGUUGAAUUCUACUACAAGCAGUUUCCUGAAAAUAUGAGAAGCAUUGGAGGAUCUCUCUUUCACUGUGGCAUGGCAGGCUCAAGUUAUUUGAGUAGUUUAUUGAUUGCUGUAGUUCACCAAACAACAAAUGGAGCUGCAACAGGGAAUUGGUUACCAGAAGAUCUUAACAAGGGAAGACUGGAUUACUACUAUUACAUGAUUGCAGGUUUGGGGCUCUUAAACAUGGGCUACUUUUUGCUGUGUGCUAAAUGGUACAAAUACAAAGGGGGCGAUUGCGAUGCACUUCUAGAACUCAAUGAGAAACCAACCAAUCAGAUAAAACCCAUCUAG